AUGGCGUAUCUGAUGCGGCAGUGGCAGGCGUCAGUCAACAGCAAGUUUGAGGAGCUUGAGCUCAUGCAGAGCCUCACUGUGAGACGAUCUACGCACGGACCUCUUCGUGCACUGGUGGACGCAAGACGUGCCUGCCAGGUCGCCACCACCCCUCCCUCCACUGCUGCCGUGCCACUCGCUCCUCCUGCUUCGUUUCUCCUUGCCACUAUGCCUUGCCACCUUCCCCCUCUCACCACCUCCCAGCCUUCCACUUAUCACCCUCUGCUCCCUUUCUUCCCGCACGAGCAGCAGUGCCUGGCGAGUCUGCAGCGCGUGUUGGUGCCGCGUGCGGUGGCAGCGGGGGAUGUGGUGGUGAGGGAGGGCGAGGUGAGCCGCCACCUGUACGUGGUGCGCUCGGGCACCCUCGAGAUGUCCUGGGCCCUGCAGGGCGUGGACACCCUUGUCGAGACUGCGGCCACGCUGCCAGGCAAACCCAUGCUGGGCACCGAGGGCAUGAAGCUGGCGCGGGCGGUGAGCAUGAGGCGCUGCCAGGUGCGCUCCAUGCAGCGCCAGGCCAGCUGCUCGUCUCAUGGCAGCCCAAUGGCUCCGCCACUCAACUCCACGCCCGCCGCCGCUGCUGUGUGCACCCCCAAGCCCAUGCAUACCCCGCAUGGGAAGAGCAGCAGCAACGGCAUAGAAUAUGCAGGGGACGUGCAUGGUGCUGAUGCCUCACCUGCUCAAGCACGUGCAGGCGAACCACACCAUGCGGACGAUGGGGACAGCCUUACCAUGGUUGGGUGCUCGCCUUGUGUGCGGCGCACGCGUGUGUACGAUUCAUCGCUCUGCACCAUUGAGAGCAGCAGCCUCGAGCACAGCGACUCACGCGGGUCAGGGGAUGGGUCCCCGUUGCCUGGCGACAGCAUUGAGCCACUGCGGGAGGGCGCAGGGGAGGGGUGUGGGGAGGGCGCAGGGCCCAGGGGUGUGAACGGCGCUGUGCCGCGGGUGCACAGCGCAGCGGCAUCGCAUGAGAGCUAUGGGUCGGUGCGGCAUGAGAGCCACCUGCUGGGGCAGGCAGCGUUUGAGAGCAGGACGGUGGGCGUGGGCCAUGUGAUCGGGCUGGACGGGCUCUCAGAGGUGCUUGAGCUGCAGACAGGCGAACCUUCGUGGAUAGAGCAACGAGUCCCCUUCCUCUUCAUGGAAGGAACCUUCCAGCACGCCAAUCGCGCCCCCACCCGCAGCGAUCGCCCGUGGCGCAAAUCGGCGUCGCACCGCAACGCGGACCACGAUGCGGCCACCGCCACCUACGCGGCACAGCGCCGCCAGUCGCGGCUCGACUUCCAGACGGAGCGCCUCGGCUCGCCAGCGGAGCAGCGCGUGGAAGGCGGGUCGCUGAACCAGCGCAUGAUGGAGGGGCGCGGCGACGCCAUGGACCACUCGAGCGAGCCGCGCCUCGACACCUCCGGCAGCUGCUCGUCGCCGUCGUCGCUCGACGUGCUCCCCGUGUCGCCCCUCCCCGCGUCGGCCCUUCCCGUGUCGCCCUUCGACGUGCUCCAUCUGCCCGUGCCAGACGGGGGGGAGCGGCCCGACGGGGACGGCACGAGCAGGAGCGGGGUGAGUGGGGGGCGGGGAGGGGCGGAAGGGGAACCGCUGCCGGGCGGCAAGCCGCUGUUCGGGCAGCGGCGGUUGCGCGCGAGGCUGUGGCGGUCCGCCAAGGAGCUGCGCGACGACGACCCGGGCGACGACGUCGCGCUCUCCUUCGCGGACGACGCGCCACCCGCGCCCGCGCCACUCAAGGCGCGCUCGCCCUUCCAAUGGGUGAUGAAAAGCGCCUCGUUUGGCGUGUUCGCGCCGGGCGGUGGGGACGACGGCAGCAGCAGCUGCAACAGCAGCGACAGCGGCGGCAGCACGCGCAGGUCGGGGGGGAAGGAGGGGGCGACGCGGGUGGCGCUGGAGGAGUAUAUGAACGUGCCCAUGCAGCUCAGACCAGGGCACUCCAGCGAGAGCGAGCCGCCCAACGCGGAGCAGAUGGGCGCGCGGCAGUGGUGGCGCGGAGGGCCGUGCGUGGUGGCGUUCAAGGCGGCGCUGGCGGCGGCAAUGCGCGUGCGCAUCCCCAUCGUGCACCCCUACUCGCGCUUCCGACGAGAUGUGAACCUCAUUGUGGGGGCCUGCAUCGCCUACAACCUCUGGGAGGUGCUGUACAUGGUGGCGUUCGACCUGAGGGCCACGGGCGCGUGGCUCAUCCUCGACUCCUGCCUCUCCCUCGUCUACCUCGCCGACGUGCUGCUCGGCUUCAAAACCGGGUACCUGACGAGGGAGAAGCACGUGAUGGGGGAGGGCGGGGUGAAGAUGAUGCUGCCACAGCAGAUCGUCAUGGACCAGCGGCGCAUAGUGUGGCACUAUCUGCGCACGUGGUUUGUGGUGGACGUGCUCUCAUCGCUGCCCAUCGACCUCAUCAUCUCCUCCGCCCUCGCCCAGUCCAGCGUCGGCUUCUGGCUCUCCGCCGCGUUGCGGCUGCUGAAGCUGCUGCGGCUGAGGCGGUUGGGGCAGGCGACGCAGCAGCUGAGGCAGUCCGCGCUGGCGGGGCUCUACAUGGAGAUGACCAUUCUCGUGCUGCAGAUCUGCAUGGUGUGCCACGUGGGCGCGUGUGCCUUUGCGCUCAUCGGUCGCCUCGAGACGGCACCGGAGUCGUGGCUAGCGGCGUUUAACUGGAGCAACGGGGGCAGCCAGGAGACGCUAGAGAGUGCACCGCACGGAGUAGUGUACGCCGCUGCCUACUACUGGGCCAUGGUCACCUUCGCCUCUGUGGGGUACGGGGACAUUCACCCCGUCGACACACUAGCAGAGCGCCUGUUCGCCACAGCCUACAUCCUGCUCACGUCCAUCCUGCUGGGCUAUGCCAUCGGGCAGAUCUCCUCCCUCAUCUACUCCAGCCGCGCGCGCCGCGAGUCCGUGCGCCAGCGCUGCAGCACGCUGCACAGGUUCAUUGAGAAGGAGGAGAUCCCCGACUGGCUCGCCAACCGAAUGAUGGUGAGUCUGACAGGCAAGUGGCAGUCGGAGUUGACGCAGCGCUUCCACGAGGGGGACCUCGUCGACGCACUCUCUGACGAUCUGAGGGCGGACCUCUUUGUGCACUGGUGGCAGCGCCACGUGCCUUCCAGCCCCAUGCUGCCGCACAACCACACGUUCCUGGCGCACCUGUUCCCGUGCAUGAUAGUGCGCCAUGUGGCGCCAGCAGACGUGAUAGCGAGCGAGGGCGAGUUCACGAGGCACCUCUACAUUGUGCGCUCCGGCACCCUCAACGUCACUCGCCUCAAGGAUGGGCCCCCGCCCGCACUCGCGCUCACCCACGCCACUGCUGAGGUGGCGGGCUGUGAAGCUGACGUGGAUGGGUGUGCGGUGGAGGGGAAGGGCGGCGUGGGGGAGGUGCAGCUGCCAGCUGAGGUGGUGAUGGCACUGCAGGAGCAUGGGGGGCCGGCGGGGGGCAGAAGAAGCGGGUCCAUUGCAGUACUGCCAGUGGGAGGGCCGCUGGGAGGGUCGCUGGGAGGGUUGCUGGGCACAGCGGGGGCAGGGGUGGCGGGGGUGGGCGUGAUGCAGAGGCGUGCGAUGGGGCGGUCGCUGGCAGUGCAGGAGGCGGUGCCGGCAGUGGUGGGGGGGACAGUGGGGUACGAGAAGGAUUGUGUGGGCGAGGGGCAUGUGGCGGGCGUGGAGGGGCUGAAGGCGGCUCUGGAGAUGCGGCAGGGGGAGGAGGAGUGGAGCAGCCAGCGCGUGUCCGUCUUCUGCAUGGCCGCCUCCUUCCAGGACCCCUCCUCCCCCCCCUUCCCCCUCCCAGCAGGCGAAGACGGAGUGCGAGGUGUACCUGCUGCUGCUGGACGACCUGUUCGAUGCCCUCGAGAGCUUCCCCGAGCUGCUCACUGCCAUGCGCACCGCGCUGGGCCUGCCCCUCGCACCCGACGAGUACCUGGCGCGGCCGCGCCUCAUGACCUCGCACCGCAGCUUCAAGGGGCUGCAGAGGAACAAGAGCCAAUUGCGCCCCACGCCCUUCAGGGCGGACAGCAGCAGCAGCAAGACGCUGUCGUUUGGCAAGGGCCGCGUGAUGAGAGUCAGUAG